AUCCCCAACUCUCACUCCUUCUACCCCCUGUGAGUCCUGGAGACCUGCCCCCCCACCAGUACUACCAACACCACCUCCCGCCCAUAUAUGGAGAAGAGAUAAUCCCAGUGUAUGGCAUGUCCAGCUACGUUGGCAGAGAGGAGAGCUAUAACAAGCCCCAGCCUAAGAAGAUGAAGGAGCAGAGACAGCUGGAGCGACAGAACAGACUCAACUCUCCCCCCUCCUCCCUGUACAAGUCUCUGGGCUCCAGCCACAAUGGAUACAGCGGGAAGAGCCACGUCCCUUCGCUAGGGUCAUUGGGGUCAAUGGGCGGAGCUAACAGUCCAGGAGGGAAGAAGCCGGAACGACGACAACUACGGAGCAGCCCAAGGAGCAACGAGCCAGACACUCACACACAAUCACCGCAAGAUCACGACUCGGAGGCAAAGAGAGUUCAGGAAGUGCUCUCCGCCAUCGACAAACCACAGGUGUCCAACGUGCACGCGCGGGGUGCUAGGUUGUCCUGGGCUCCCCCGGUCGGGCUGGUGAACCGGUUCAGCAACAGCCAGUCUCUCACCUACGAGGUCUCUCUGUCCGACAAGGGACGGGACGGCAAAUACAGACUUAUAUACAGUGGAGAGGAGUUGGAGUGUCAUCUAAAAGACCUGAGGCCAGCUUCAGACUACCACGUACGAGUCAGCGCGGUGUGUAACUCUAACUUGAGGGGUGUGUGUUCGGAGACGGGGUCGUUCACAACACACACCUGCCCCCCCGACCUGCCCUUCCCCCCCAAACUGUCUCACCGCACCAAGAGCACCCUCACACUGCAGUGGAAGCCUCCGAUCGACAACGGAUCCAAAAUCACAAACUACCUUCUUGAGUGGGACGAGGGAAAGAAGAACAGUGUAUUUAGAGAAUGUUACUUUGGGAGCCAGAGACACUGUAAACUGACCAGACUGUGUCCUGCUGUGGGCUACACCUUCAGAGUGGCUGCUCACAACGAUAUAGGCACCAGUGGUUUCAGUACGGAGGUUGUGUUCUACACUACAGGUACGCUACCCUCCUGCCCCCUGGCACCGCGGCUGCUGCGGGCGGGCGUCUCCUGGGUCACGCUGGAGUGGGGCCGUCCCGAGGGCAGCGCCAACGAGGAACUAAUCACAUACACACUCGAGAUCCAGGAGGACAAUACCGGAACAGACUUUCAUCCGAAGUACACUGGAGACAACCUAACCUCCACAGUGCAAGGCCUGAAGAGGAGCACACAGUACAAAUUCAGGGUAAGAGUGUGUCUGUCUCUGAGGUUUUAUUGUGGCUAAAUGGUGUCUGGUUGUGUGUUCCCGUGGAAACGGAAAAGGCUUCUAUACUGCUGGAAAGACACAGUGAUUGGUGUCAUCGUGUGCACGAGCACACACGCGCACACACGCGCACACACACACACACACACACACACACACACACACACACACACACACACACACGCACUACACAAUCUGUCACCGUUUAGCAGCCAUACAACCACCGUCAGCCUGUCCUCUGUGGAAAUACCUGCAAUUUACUGCUAAACUCAGCAAAAAAAGAAACAUCCUCACUGUCAA